CGUUACCGACCUACAGAGAGCGCCAUUACCGAUACAGAGGCGAAACGUCAAAUCGAGAAUAUCGGGUUAACCUCUUUCGUGUUCAGCUGUGACUGUAAACGGCAAUAAAAAUGGCUAAAGCUAAGGGAGAAAAGAAAGGCAAGUCCGCAAUCAAUGAAGUCGUUACCAGGGAAUACACCGUGUGUAUUAGCAAACAUUUGAGCACCAUCAGUUUCAAGAAGAAGGCCCCCCGUGCCAUUAAGGUCAUCAGGAAGUUCGCCAUGAAGGCCAUGGGAACCCCAGAUGUCAGGAUCGACACACGUUUGAACAAACAACUGUGGUCCAAGGGUGUCAGGAACGUUCCCCGUCGCGUCAGGGUACGCCUUUCCCGCAGGAGGAACGACGACGAGGAUUCCGUAAACAAGUUGUUCACCUGGGUAACAUACGUACCAGUCGCAUCUUUCAAGAACUUGUUGACCGAGAACGUCGAUGUGACUCAAGAAUAAAAGAAAAAUAUUAAUAAAAAAAAACCUUUAUAUUUA